CAAAAACAACAACAGCAUCAAAAACCCCAGAGACGCUGAGAUUCCUCUUUGAAGUGGGCCCUGCAUUUUAAGGCAUUCAGCAUGGAAAUUUGAUUAGCUCUCCCUUUUCUGGCCACUAAAGACUGACUUUGUGGUGAGAUUUUAGGCAGAAGCUUGAUCCUAUAAAUAUCUGAGGCAGGAGUAAGCAGAGCAGCACUGAGGAGCACAUUCAGUUGAGUCAUGGAUGUUCUCCAACUUUUCCUUUUUUUCCUGUGUGUGCUUCACCUGACAUUGAGUGGAACACUAAGCAAACACCUCGAUCACAGAAACCUUUUUACACAGCGAGCGUGCUGCAAGAGGCAGAGUCACUUUGUGUACAUCGGGCAAGAUAUUUCAGGGAGUCCUGUCAGCGUAGAUGUAGGAAUGUGCAGAUCACAUUGCGGGAUAACCACUAGAUCAUCGCAAGAAGCAAGACAUCAGGAAUAUUCAAAGCAUUCCUCAAUGCUGGAAUUCCUAAGGAGCAAAAAGAUGAGGACUCGCGGUCCGGCAGCUCCAGAGAUCCCAGAUCACCUGAACCGGCUGCCUUCCUGCGGGGCGGACCAGCUGUGCGAGCCGACCGGGGUGCGCGUGGAGCGGCUGCUGCUGUUCCAGGGGCCCCGGGAGGUGGAGGUGAUCGAGGAGUGUCAGUGUGAGAUCAAACUAAGCCAGUGCAUCAGAGUCCCCGCUUUGAGGACCUACUACUUCCAAACCCCGUACGAGGCGGUUAUAGACGUGGGAGGAUGUUCUCGCUCGAAAGGAGCAGCAGGUGGUUUCUCCUGUGUCCCCACAAAGUUUGACUCAGCGUUACUGGAAACGCCCAACAAAGUGGAUGUGAUCCAGACGGUGGCAGCCUGUGAACUGAAGGAGAGCUGCUACAGGAUCCCCUACAUAGAGUACUACUAUGAAACAGUCCACCAUGCAGAUGGAGUCAGAGAAGAGAGGCUCAAAGAAAUAGAUGUAGGCAGAUGUUUGGGAGGUUGCACAACAGGAAGCCGAUGCCUUCUCAGGAGUCCAUCUGAUGAGGAAAACUGUCUCUUGUGGUCAGAUAGACAGUCCAGCUCCUGUGUUCCUAAGGGGUAUGAGAGCCACAGCUUCAUCAACCCACAUGGACAGAUUCGCACUGUCCUAUCCAUCACCUCCUGCCUUUGUCAAAACUGAACACAGCGCACUCUGGUGGAAGACAACUUCUCUUCCUUUCCUCAUGCAGAUUUACUAAACUUUAUCUGUCAAACCUCUGUUUUUGUUGUUCUUGUUUAAUAUGUAAUAUAUGUAUAAAUGAUAAUUUUGUAAAUAAAAUGUAAAAAAAAAAAAAGCAAGAUCAUAAUGUGUAUGUUGUUCUGCACACUUGGUAUGUAAAAGAUGUUAGAUUGAGUGUGUCUUUGAGUGUAAGUUGGCAUUAGUGUUUUAUAUUUUUUAUUUUAUUUUUCCAGUAAAAAAUGAAACAUGAAUACAUACAAUAAAAAAUUGUGCCUUACAU